UCUCUUCAGGCGUGUUAAGCAGCGGGGUUGGCCUGUACUUCCUCUGGCCCUGGCUGAAGAGGGCUAGUGAAACCGUUAAGACCCUAGGCGAUCAUGGCCUUGAGACCUGAGGACCCCAGUAGUGGGUUCCGGCACGGAAACGUGGUGGCCUUCAUCAACGAGAAAAUGGCCAGGCACACGAAAGGCCCCGAGUUCUACUUCGAGAAUAUAUCCUUAUCCUGGGAGGAGGUGGAAGACAAGCUCAGGGCCAUCCUGGAGGACAGCGAGGUGCCCAGCGAGGUCAAAGAGGCCUGCACCUGGGGCAGCCUGGCCUUGGGUGUGCGCUUUGCCCACAGGCAGGGGCAGUUACAAAACCGCAGGGUGCAGUGGCUGCAAGGCUUUGCCAAACUGCACAGAUCAGCUGCGCUGGUCUUGGCCUCAAACCUGACGGAACUCAAGGAACAGCAGGAGAUGGAAUGCAAUGAGGCGACCUUCCAGUUGCAGCUAACCGAGACCAGCCUUGCGGAGGUGCAGAGAGAGCGGGACAUGCUGAGAUGGAAGCUCUUCCAUGCCGAGUUGGCACCUCCCCAGGGACAGGGCCAGGCUACAGUGUUUCCAGGCCUGGCCACUGCCGGAGGGGAUUGGACAGAAGGAGCAGGUGAGCAGGAAAAGGAGGCGGUGGCUGCUGCUGGUGCUGCUGGAGGAAAAGGAGAGGAGAGGUAUGCAGAGGCAGGGCCUGCCCCCGCAGAGGUCUUGCAGGGGCUGGGAGGAGGCUUCAGGCAGCCCCUCGGAGCUGUUGUAGCAGGCGAAUUACACCUUUGCGGGGCAGAGGGAGGAAGAUCUCAGGUCAAUACGAACAGCCAUGUCUGUCUUCUCUGGGCUUGGGUCCACAGUCUCACGGGAGCCUCUUCCUGUCCAGCUCCCUACCUCAUUCACAUACUCAUACCCAUGCCCUUUGUCCGCCUUCUCAGCCAUACCCAAUAUACCCCCUUCACCAGCAAAGGUCACAGCACGGGUCCCAACUCAGAUGCCUUUCAACUGGGGGGCCUCUGAUGCUAGCCUGUGGUCAGAUGUGGAGGCCCAGGGAAUAGACCCUCAAGAGCCCCCAAGAGACAGGAGAGACUCCGAACUCCAUCAGCAGAGAAGACCUCCAGUAUAUCUCAGGCCAGGGAACUGGGACUGCCCGUGGUGUAAAGCUGUGAAUUUUUCAUGGAGGGAAAAUUGCUUCCUCUGUGGGAGGCGAAUCUGGCUGCAAAAGCCUCAGUAAAU